AUGGCGAUGUUUGACGACGGUGGCGGCAAUGCCGGCCGCGGCGGGCGGCAGGAGAGGCAUGCUAUAGCCCGUGACACCAACACUUGGUUGCAGCAACAUCGGGCAUUAGGAGUGGGCGUGGAAGCCCCGGGGGAUCCUGCCUGUAAGCAACACGUGGUGGCACCCUCGAGUUUACUGGCACUAAGAGAGAUUUACUCGUGUCCCCUGGCACUGGCACCCGCAGGGCUGGAAGGAGUGUGGCGCGGCCAUCUUGAGCGGAUGGUGAGUGGCGGCAGGCAGGCAGCUCGCGUUCACCAGUGCGCCGCCGCCGUCAGUAGUAUUGAUCGAGCAGACUGUGACGACUCCUGGGUGGUGAAAUACUGUGAACAUGUACACGGCAAGUGGCACUUCAGUGAGGUGCGGGCCAUCUUCAGUCGACGCUACCUCCUUCAGAACACUGCCUUGGAGAUCUUCCUCGCCUCCAGGACGUCGGUGUUCUUCACGUUCCCUGACCAGGCGACCGUCAAGCGUGUGGCAAAAGCAUUGCCGCGGGUGGGCGUGGGCAUCAAGUAUGGCAUCCCUCAGACCCGCCGUGCCUCCAUGAUGUCCCCGCGCCAGCUCUUCCGGGCCUCCAACAUGACACAGAAGUGGCAGCGCAGGGAGAUAUCCAACUUCGAGUACCUAAUGUUCCUCAACACCAUCGCUGGUCGAACAUAUAAUGACCUGAACCAGUAUCCAGUGUUCCCGUGGGUGCUCACCAACUUUGACUCACAUGAACUUGAUCUCUCCCAGCCGUCCAACUAUAGAGACUUAUCAAAGCCUAUCGGUGCCCUUAAUCCCUCACGGCGGGCAUUCUUUGAGGAGCGCUACAACUCGUGGGAACAUGACCAGAUCCCUCCCUUCCACUAUGGGACUCACUACUCCACCUCAGCCUUCACCCUCAACUGGCUCAUUAGACUUGAACCCUUCACUACCAUGUUCCUAUCACUACAAGGUGGCAAAUUUGACCACCCUAACAGAAUGUUUUCUUCGGUGGCCACUGCCUGGAAGAAUUGCCAGCGAGAUACCUCUGAUGUCAAAGAACUGAUUCCUGAGUUUUACUACCUUCCUGAGAUGUUUGUCAACUGGAACCGUUAUAAACUUGGUGCAACUGAGGAAGAGGGAGUAGUGGAUGAUGUUGUACUACCACCUUGGGCAUCCUCACCAGAGGAAUUCAUUAGAAUCAACAGAAUGGCACUGGAAUCUGAAUUUGUUUCAUGUCAGUUACAUCAGUGGAUCGACCUCAUCUUUGGAUACAAGCAGCGUGGACCUGAAGCUGUGCGAGCUACUAACGUCUUUUACUACCUCACAUAUGAAGGCUCUGUAGAUUUGGAUUCCAUUCAGGACCCAGUAAUGAGAGAGGCUAUUGAAAACCAAAUUCGAAACUUUGGACAGACUCCAUCUCAGUUACUGAUGGAGCCUCACCCACCUCGCUCUUCAGCUAUGCAUUUGUCACCACUGAUGUUCUCUGGUGUAUGUGAGGACGUUUGUAUGGUGAUGAAGUUUGUGAGCAACUCCCCCAUCUGCCAUAUCUCUGCUAAUACUUAUCCCCAGCUGCCUCUCCCUUCUGUCGUUACCCUCACAAACAAUCAUCAUUUUGCAAUCAACCGCUGGAACACCAACUACUCAGUCAAUGUACAGAGUCCCAGCUAUGCUGAAGGUAGCCAGUCACCGUCCACUCUCUUGCCGCUGUCCAUGGAUCCCGUCCUACAACAAGCUGCCUCGGGCAACAGCAGUAGUCAGCAGCAGAAGCGUCACCUGGGAGACAACUUCAGUCAGAAGGUUCGCAUGAGGAGCAACUGCUUUGUAACAACUGUAGACUCUCGCUUUAUCAUUGCCUGUGGCUUCUGGGACAACAGCUUCCGUGUGUUCUCUACAGAGACAGCUAAAAUUUUCCAAAUAGUGUUUGGUCAUUACGGUGUUGUGACCUGCUUGAGCCGUAGUGAAUGCAAUAUUACCAGUGACUGUUAUGUGGCAUCUGGCUCCCACGAUUGCACUGUUCUCCUCUGGCACUGGAAUGCACGCACUCAGAUGAUCAUGGGUGAGGGUGACUCCCCAACACCCCGGGCAACACUCACAGGUCAUGAAACCGAGGUCACAGCUGUUGUCAUUUCUGCUGAGCUCGGCCUUGUUGUCUCUGGCUCUAAGGAUGGACCUGUUCUCAUCCACACCACCUCUGGGGACCUGUUGCGAUCUUUAGAGGCACCAGAAGGCUUCCUCUCCCCAGAAAAUGUUGCUCUUUCAAGAGAGGGACUAAUUGUUAUUAAUUACGAUCGAGGACAUGUAGCUGCUUAUACGAUGAAUGGAAAGAGACUUCGCCAUGAAUCUCACAAUGACAACAUUCAAUGUGUGAUCUUGAGCCGUGAUGGAGAAUACAUGAUGACUGGAGGAGAGAAAGGCAUUGUUGAGGUGUGGCGGACAUUUUCCCUCGCUUUGCUCUACGCUUUCCCAACGUGUGACUCUGCUAUUAGGUCUCUUGCACUCUCUCAUGACCAGAGAUUCCUGAUGGCUGGCUUAUCAACGGGCUCCAUUGUCGUUUUUUACAUCGACUUCAACCGCUGGCACCACGAGUUCCAGCAGCGCUAUUAACCCACUCGUUCACAUACACUAAUUGUUAAGUUGACAAGAGUGAAGCAAGAAAAGACAGACAUUGAAGUGUAAUGAAACAGUGCUUUAGAAUUUACACACAUUUUGAGAAUUAAAGCAGGCUACUUGCUUGUAGCAAGUACAAUGUAACCUGUUCUCUUUGUUUCUGGUUUUAUAUGUUUUAUAUAUAUAUAUAUAUUGAUUUCAUAUGAAAUUAAUACCUGUAUAGGCAGAGAGGUCAAGAAAUUUUUCUAAUAUUACUAAAAUACAGCUUUUAGAACUACAAUGUUAUUCAUUAAAAAUUGCCAUUUGUCAUGCUCACAAGUCUUUCUCUAACUGCUGACUUGUCAUGAGCUAAGUUGAGUUUUAUUGUAGGAUCGUAGCGCUGACUAGUAAGUGGUUAAGACAGCCAAGCUUGCACUCCUGGCAAGUAUGCAAAUUGCUUUCAUGUAUUUUUCUUUUAUGUAGCUGCCACUUUGAUUUUGUGAGCACUUGAGCUUAUACCAAGCAGAAUUUUUUUUAACACCUAGUUGCUCAUUAUGCUUUGUGAUAAUGCAAUUUUUUUUAUAGCAUUAGCUACACUUUGGGUUGCUAUGAAUCAUUAAUACUAUAUAAAUAUAUUAUGUAACAGAAAUGUGGGAUUUGAUGUUAUUUCUAAAUAUAGUAUAUUUAAACCUGACUUCGAUACUGAGUUGUUGUUUUAUAUUUGGUUUUUGUAGUUAAUUUUCACAUAUUCACUGUAAGAUCACAUAGUAGCAUACUAGGCUCUGUAGUUAUCACACCAAAUUGUUAAUGAUUUAUGUGAUUUGUUUGAGAGCCUUUGAAAUGGGGAUUUGAAUUCUGUGACCACCAUUGCUGUUAUAUUUUUGGUCAGUGUCACUCCUCAUUUAUGGAUAUGAGAAAUUUGAGUAAAUUUCUUACUCUUGUAAUGUAUAAGCAGUACAGUAUAUAAAUAUAUAUAAAUCUAUAUAUAUAUAAUAUAUGUGAAAGAGUAGUAAUGACAGUCUUUUGAGAUGAUAGAUAUGAUUACUGAUUCAAGAGCCUAAUAUGUAAUCCAGUAAAGCUUAUUUUUCUGUAGUUGUAGGAAAAUAAGUGGUCUUUGAAGCGAGUACAAGACUCGUCCUUGCCAGUCUUGUAAUAUAUUGUGAACCAGUGGCAAAGGUUCAUUAAGGCAUUUGUUUACGGCAAUAAUUACGAAAGCCCAGGUGUUGCUUCUAGUCAGGUGUCGCUGUGCCAAAAAGGGGUCAGUCUUUUUCUAUAGGAAAUAUCUUAAUAUUAAAAAUAGUAAUUGAACUUAAAACUGUACCAAGAAUAUUGAUAAGCAGUUUGACUAUGAACCUGAUCAGAAUCCAGUUGUGGUACUUGUUGAUAGUAUAAAAACCGUUUAUAGGCCUUGUUACUUUCUAAACAUUGUGGGAACUUAAAGAACAAGCAAACAGUGAGGGGGUCUCACACCUCUCAACACCCUCAUUCUUCAAGUUGACUAAAGAACAGCGGCAUGAAAACUGCCUUGAGUAAUGAAAUGAAUCCGAAUCACUUCACAUUUUUACGGAGACAAUUGGUACUAUUUGUAUAUUGUGGAAUCAGGAUUACAAACUAUAGUUUAAGUGUGUCAGCUUGUAUUUUUAAUAAUUUUAUUUUUUCUGAAUAUGAUGCAUGAUGGAAAUAUAUAGGGAGUGAUUAUCUUGUGGACUGCAUUUGUGAUGGAUAUUUCUUAAAUAUGGUUGAGAUUUCCUACGCACUUUUAGUUUAGCAUGGAAGAGAUAGGUACACAGGUAGAUUAAGUUAAUCAAAAAUAUAAUUGAUAAAUGUUUGCAUUGUAGCAAAAUUUGGGAAACAUUUCUUACACUAAACUAUAGCUAUCUGUACAGUAAGCAUUUUGUGCAUUUGCAGCUUAAGUAUAAUUUCUCCCUUCUAAGACAGAAGGUUUUAUCCUACAAAUUUUUUAUUCUCAGAUUUAUAUGAAUUAUAAAGAUGGGUUUACUGUAGAAAUCACAGCUCAAGACCCCCACUCCCCCGGCAAGCUUGGCACUGAAACUAACGGACCAUUCCCUCCAUCAGUUGUGUUUGUGAUAGCUGCUCAGAACGUUGUAUAUAGUGAUUACCAAGCUCACUGUCCAUGUAAUAUAAAGCAAAUGUUCCACAAAUGAGGACACGUCUCUUUCUAGUGGUUAUCAUGUGCUUGAGUGACUUGUAUACAUUAAGGAACUGCAUCUGGCACUAAUUUUAAAUUACUGCCACACUGCAGUCAUGUUGUUUGAUAUGAAUAUUUAGAAUUAGCUUAUCAUUAUUUUGGCAAAAGUUAAACUAUUGAUCGUACACUUACCAUUGUCAGUUUUUUACAGAUUUGUCACGGUACACCUUUUUCCAUGUAAAUGGAUGUGCACUUGGAGAAAUACCUGACUAUUUACCUAAUUGAUUGUGGCAAUUUUGCUAUUUUCAUUUACUUAGCGAGCCUUGAUUUUUGCUUUGGUAGUUGAAUGCAGUGGCAUUUUAUUUUUUAUUUGAUCUUUUUUUAUCUUUUUUGCUUGUUUGGGCUCUGUGUCAUUGGUGAUUAACAAAGCCUGCAUUUUUAGGGGUCAGGAUUUGUUAACCUUCAAUUACAGCCCAAAAAUUGUACUGCAAGAGUGUUGGUGAUUACUGUCCAAGGUCUGUAGACUUGUAAAGGCUAUUAUGAGAAGAGAUAGGCUGAAUAUUUUGUUUGGACUAGUACUGUGUCCAGUGUUAGGGUUAAGGUGGCUAGUAUGAUUUUUAUGAAGGUUUUAUUCAGUCACUAUUACCUAGUGAUUUAAUGUAUAAAGUAUUAUUAUCAUUAUCUAUGGGAUGUUGUCAGUUUUGGGUAUAACUCGGCUUUCAGUGCAAAAUCAGGUUUUAUUACCAUAAAAAAAUGUCACUUUUCCUUUUAUGAAACUUCACAUGGCAUAUAACUGGUAUGAUGGUCAAGUCUCAUAACAGCAACGUCAGUUUCUUCAAGAAAAUAUCGAUAAAUUCACAUUACCAUCAACUUGUUGGAUGUCGGAUCCAUUUACAUAUUGUACUUGGGCUAAUGCAUCAACAUAUUCACCAUAAUUUGUAAAAUGUAAUGAAUACAUGAUUGACCUGGUAUUUUGCCUAUUUUGAUAAUUAUAGUAAUUGGUUAUUAAAUAUCUGGGAGAAAGCAUUAGCUGGAAUAUGUCAAGCUUCUGAUCUUAGUUGCUGUUGAUCUUUGACAGUCAUAACCACAAACUGCCAGUCUGACCAUCCUUCCUCACUCUUCAUUGUUAAAGUUAGUGUACGUAGAAUGGCCAAUAAAGGAAAUUACUAUAA